CUGCGGCGCGUGACGCGGGGCGCACAGCUCCGGCGGCCACCGCGGGCGGGCGCAGACGGCCGAGACGGCCGGCUAACGGGCUGCAUGUCGGCGGCGGGGACUGCGGCGGGACCGGCCGGGCCCGAGCCCAUGCCGAGCUACGCGCAGCUCGUGCAGCGCGGCUGGGGCAGCGCGCUGGCGGCAGCGCGGGGCUGCGCGGACUGCGGCUGGGGGCUGGCGCGCCGCGGCCUGGCCGAGCACGCGCACCUGGCACCGCCCGAGCUGCUGCUGCUGGCGCUGGGCGCGCUCGGCUGGACCGCGCUGCGCUCGGCGGCCACUUCGCGCCUCUUUCGGCCCCUAGCCAAGCGGUGCCGCCUACAGCCUAGAGAUGCUGCCAAGAUGCCUGAGAGCGCCUGGAAGUUUCUCUUCUACCUGGGCGCCUGGAGCUACAGCGCCUACCUGCUCUUCGGCACUGACUACCCCUUCUUUCACGACCCGCCCUCCGUCUUCUAUGACUGGAAGACUGGCAUGGCAGUACCACGGGACAUUGCGGUCGCCUACCUACUACAGGGCAGCUUCUAUGGCCAUUCCAUCUAUGCCACACUGUACAUGGACGCCUGGCGCAAGGACUCAGUGGUCAUGCUCGUCCACCACGUGGUCACCUUGGUCCUCAUUGUCUCCUCCUAUGCCUUCCGGUACCACAAGGUGGGCAUCCUUGUGCUCUUUCUGCAUGACAUCAGUGACGUGCAGCUGGAGUUCACCAAGCUCAAUGUCUACUUCAAGUCCCGCGGAGGAUCCCACCACCGGUUGCACGCCCUGGCUGCAGACCUGGGCUGCCUCAGCUUCAGCCUCAGCUGGUUCUGGUUCCGCCUCUACUGGUUCCCGCUCAAGGUCCUAUAUGCCACGAGCUACUGCAGCCUGCGUUCAGUGCCUGACAUCCCCUUCUACUUCUUCUUCAACGCACUCCUGCUGUUGCUCACCCUCAUGAACCUCUAUUGGUUCCUGUACAUCGUGGCUUUUGCUGCCAAGGUGCUGACGGGCCAGGUGCGAGAGCUGAAGGACGUGAGGGAAUACGACACAGCCGAGGCCCCGAGCCCCCAGCCCCACAAAGCUGAGAAGCCGCUGAAGAACGGCCUGGUCAAGGACAAGCGCUUCUGAACCCCUCGACCCGGCCUCGCCGCCCAGGACCCAGCCAUACCCAACCACGCCCCCGGGGACCAGCCAUGCUGUUUCCCCAGUUGCCCCCGGACCCUGGCCCUAUCAAGCUCCGCCUCCUGUCCCCUCUCCCCCGCCCUGGCCACUCCCCGGACCCCUGCCCCGUACCCUCGAGACCUCGCCCCCUGGAUUAGUCCCAAUUCGGCUUCAGAAUCGCGGCCACGCCCCCCGGGGCCCAGACCCUGCCCAGCCCCGCGUCUCUCCUGCGACCCCGGCCCCGCCCCCAGACCGCAGGUCCGGGAGCCCAGCAGCUCCUGAGCACUCGCCG